UACUCAAACUCAGCUAUCUCUCAGUCUCGCCCAGCACACGCAAGCCACACCCAAGGGGAAAUUGCAAAUGAGCUGCAGCAGCGGCAACUUGGAAGAGGAGAGGCUGCUUCAGAUGGUCCAUGACUUCAUUGAAUCAGAAUCCACUUCGCCCCCCUUCUCUUCUUCCUCACACCAUACGCAUGUCCUUCCUCUCCAUCACAAAACCAUGUUUUUCCACUUGCAGGAAAUUCUCGGCAAUAUGUCUGACGCUGAGACUCAGGUUCUUGAGAAUGUGUUGAAGCACACGAGAAGGAAGAGGGUUGGCGCAGAGAAGACUUGGCUGGUUAUGAGAUUGAAAAUGGAUGGAUAUAACGCUUCUCUCUGUCAUACCUCUUGGGUUUCUACGUGCGGAUGUCCUGGUGGGUAUUAUGAGUACAUAGAUGUUAUAGUGAAAGACAAGAAUGGUAAGUCAGUGAGACUGGUGGUGGACAUAGAUUUCAAGUCGCAGUUUGAAGUGGCAAGGCCUACAUCAGCAUACAAACAGCUUUCGGACGCUCUCCCUUCCAUUUUUGUUGGCGAGGAGGGUAAGCUUAACGACAUAAUCACUCUGCUUUGCUCUGCUGCCAAACAAUCCCUCAAAGAGAGCGGUCUGUACAUACCCCCAUGGAGAACAAGCACUUACAUGUACUCCAAAUGGGGCUCAAAAACUCGCAGCCAAGAAACUGUUGGCAGAGAAGAUGGGAAAGUAGCAAAGGCAGCUGGUUCCUGUGUUGGUAAUUCCAAUUCCAAAUUUAACAGUUGGGCGCCUCCGGUAGUGAAGCCCAAGAGGACGGAUUUGGGUGGUGGGGGCUCUGGCUUGUCCAGUCAAUUCUCCUCCAACACUAGCAUAAACUGUUGCUGAAUAUUGCCGCUGCUGGAUUCUGAUCCGGUAGAGCAAAUUGAUAGAUGGUUCGAGUGUUGAAUCGUUGGACCAAACAAGGGAAUAUUAUUUGGAAAAGGCGGGCUUCAACCUUAACCAAGGAGUGCUAUAAACCGGGGUUGUUCUGCCGAGUAAAGGAACUACGAUAGUGAAUCCUUUGGUGUUUUUCCAAGGGCGAGGAUGUAGGCUGUGUUGAAGUCGAACCUCGUAAAACCUUGUGUUUCUCUCUUUCCCUCCUACUCUUUAUUUUUCAGCAAAAUUUACAAACUGCGUGGAUGCUUUAUAAAUCUCUGAAUUCUGAUUGUUUGGUUGUUAAAUAGACCGGAAGAUAAUUUGUUUUUGUUUGAUCAGCAUUGAUUGCUGAAACAGAAAGAGAUUACAUUGGUUGAUCA